AUGGAUUACUUUGAGGCCGUUUCGCGAUUACACCUGCUGCAUGGGAUAUCAUUUAUUGUCUAUUGGCUCGUUGGCGUUCUCCUGGCAGCCGCCCUCAGCCUGGUCGCCGCGGCUUCACUGAUCGUCAUUCCCGCCGCAUUGAUUCGCAUCCACCAAGCGCCCAAAAACAUCCCAUGGGCAGGCCUGCAGAAUAAGAAAUGGUUCCCAAAGCUUCGAGCCUGUCUCCGUGAGAUGGCUGUUGGCCGCGCAGCUGUCGAGGAAGGAUACGAGAAGUAUGGCAAGCAUGGAAAAGCUUUCAUCAUACCUGGACUCCACUGGAAUGCCGUGGUACUACCGCCUUCUCAUUCUGACUGGGUGGCGAGACAACCGGAGAAUGUACUCAGCUCCAACAAGGUCUUGGACGAUACUAUGGGUUUGCAGUGGCUCGUCCACGGACCAACAGCCUCGUCCGUUCGAGACUUCACCGUCCUUCGGCGGGACAUGACGAGGCAGCACAUCAAGCUUUCACAUCAUAUCUUGGACGAGAUAAAACAUGCAUUCGACGAGGAACUGGGGUCUGGGACGGAAUAUCAUAAAGUGUCUGCUUCGAACUUGUGCGCGAAGAUCUCAUUCAGAGCAACAAACAGGAUGUUUGUAGGCCUUCCACUCUGUCGCUCCGAAGCAUAUGAGACGGACGUUACACGCUGGACGACGGCAUUUGGAACCUGCACGUUGAUCAUGCGAUUCCUCAUUCCGAAAUCGUUGAAGCCUCUGUUUAUGCAAUUUGUGGCGUUGCCGACCAAGUUGGUACAGUGGCGGGCGGUACGCUUCAUCCGGCCGAGAAUUCGACAACGACUAGGGGUGCUCAAACACGACAAGACCUUAGGCAACAGUCUUGAGAACGUACAAAAGGAAAAGGAGCCGAACGAUAUGCUGCAGUGGAUCAUCAAUGCCAACGCCGCGAAGGACAACCCUCGAGAACUGGAACCCGGCAACAUCGCUGGCAAGAUGCUCUUCUUCAACGUCUUCGCCACAGGCACCACUAGCACCGUGUUUGCAUUGAUCCUGUGCGACAUGGUCUCACACGUCGAUGCCACUGCCCUCAUCGUCCAACUGCGAGAAGAGGCAGACCAGUAUAUGCCUUUGAUAAUGGAGGACGGAUCUGCGGCUCGCCAUAUGAUGAAGACUGACUCUGUCAUCCGCGAGACGCUAAGACAUAACCCCAUGGGUGCUCAAGGUCUUCUGCGAGAAGUAGUCGCACCGAGUGGGCUCACAACUCCGGAUGGGCUCCACUUACCGAAGGGAACACAUGUACAGAGCGUGGUGAGCGGCAUGCAGCGAGAUGUGAACAUUGGCGGAGCAGGAGUCGAUGAAUACGAUCCGCUGCGAUACUGGCGAGAAGCCCAACGCGGCGAAGUGAGCAAGCAGCUCAGCGCGUCUCAAGUGUCUGACCGGUUCCUUUCUUUCGGCCUGGGAAAGCAUGCGUGUCCCGGAAGAUUCUUCGCAGUCAACUCUAUCAAGCUAAUGCUCGGGCACCUACUCAUGACCUAUGAUAUCGAACCGCUAAAGGCAAAGCCAGAGUACACAGUGAUCGGCGAAGGCCUUAUACCAAGUGCAAAGACGAUGGUACGGCUUCGUCGGCGCAGCUUCACGACUUGA